CCUGCGUUAGGGGGCUUCACUUAAUGCGCGCGGCCGGAGAAGUCGGCGUUUCACCUGUUUGGUCUGCGCUCCUCCUGGUCCGACAUCAUGGGAGUGACUUGUGUGUCCCAGAUGCCUGUGGCUGAGGGCAAGAGUGUCCAGCAGACCGUGGAGCUCCUUACGCGGAAAUUGGAGCUGCUUGGGGCAGAGAAGCAAGGAACAUUUUGUGUGGACUGUGAGACCUACCACACGGCUGCCUCUACUCUUGGCAGCCAAGGUCAGACCGGGAAGCUAAUGUAUGUGAUGCACAAUUCAGAGUACCCUUUGAGCUGCUUCGCCCUCUUUGAGAAUGGCCCUUGUCUUGUUGCCGACACCAACUUUGAUGUGCUCAUGGUGAAGCUCAAGGGCUUCUUCCAGAGUGCCAAGGCCAGCAAGAUUGAGACCCGGGGCACCCGCUACCAGUAUUGUGACUUCCUAGUGAAGGUGGGCACGGUCACAAUGGGGCCCAGUGCCCGAGGCAUCUCUGUGGAGGUGGAGUAUGGCCCCUGUGUGGUAGCUAGUGACUGCUGGAGCCUACUGCUUGAAUUCCUACAGAGUUUUCUAGGCAGCCACACACCAGGGGCUCCCACAGGGUUUGGCAGCAGACACGACACAGUCUACGGCCCAGCAGAUACCAUGGUCCAAUACAUGGAACUCUUCAACAAGAUUCGCAAGCAGCAGCAGGUGCCUGUGGCUGGGAUUCGCUAGUGACUGGCAGCUGUCUGGCUGAGCUGUGUCACCAGGGGACUCCACAGGAGGAGCAGGUGCUGCAGCCUCAGGCCCCUGUGCCCCAGAAACCCAGGGCAGACAUGGAGAUUGCUCUCCCUCUCCAGUUCCCAGCUGUGGCUUUUGUCCUGGGGCUCUGGAGCCCCCUCCCCUGACCCUCACACACAGUCCCCUGACAGCUGUUUCAUCCCAUGCCUUACUGGACUUGGCUUGUCCUCAAGGACGGUAUUAUGAAGAGUGGAGAAGUUUGGAGCUCUCCUGCUGUAGGGGAAAAGGUAGGACAGGGGUGUCCCUGCCUGGUGUCAGUGGGGAAAGUAGUCUGUAUCUCCAGCUUUUGUGGAUAUGGCCUAGGCCACAGUGGACAGGCUGCAUUUGUGUUGGGGUGUGCUGUAACAGGCCUCUCCCUCUACUCCAAGGAUGUGCCUACGCCUCUCCUGGAGGAGGAGGAAGCCAGCUGGUUUUAUGGGUGUCAUUUUCGUACCUAUUUGCUCGUGUGAAUUGUGAGUUGACUUUUGCCUGAGUCCUUUGAAGCCUGUCUCCCUCUAACUGCUUUCCAUUCUGUUGUGAAUUAUGUUAAGACACAGGCUAAGCCAAUAUGACAAAGAGAACCUAGUAGAAGUUUAAUUUUCUCUUUUCUAAUAGUACAGAGAUAGUCAGAUGGUCCUGGGCAGGUUUAACUCUACAAGGUCAUCAGGAAUUUGGUUUCUUUUAUCUUGGUGUUCAGCCACCCCUAGCUUGUCCUUGCCUGCAAGGUCAAAGCAGACGCAUUAGCUCCAUGUCCACAUUCCACUGGGGAAAGAGAGAAAGCAGUUUCUUUUUUAAAGGGUAUGACCCAGGGUUACUCAAACCACGAUGGCCACUCUUUGUUGAAAGGGACACUGGGACAUAAUUGCCUCUUAUGUGGGUAGUCAUGUGCCUAGUCAAAACUCGGGCAGUUCUUUGACUAGAAGGUGAAGGAGAACAUGGAUGUGGGGGUCCAAUUAGUGGCCUCUGCCACAUGGAGCUCGGUGGGUGAGCCCAGGAAUGCUCUUGGCUGUUAUUUUGCAGUUAGUACCCCCUGUAACUAAGCCUUUAUGAACUGGAUUGGGAUAGGGCUGAUGCCAGAGCCCCUUUUGGUUUAGCUGGAUGAGUCACACUAGGAAGUGAGUUCCAAACCCCUUGCCUAAGUCUCAGCAUCUAGGCCUCUCCAGCUUACAUGCACCCAGAGCUUAGUGUCAGAACAGUUGCACUAUGCUUCAUGGUUUCCUGAGCUCUUUCUCGUCUCAUUUGAGCCUCCAAACUGCUCAUUUGACCGACAUUGCCUGCCCACCCCCUCCGGCUGCAAAAAUGUUCAGUCAGGCUAACAUUGAGAUACACAGUUGGGGAUUGUCUUAGUAAACAUGCUCAUGUACAUACUGGCAUGCUGUCAUGUACAUACAAGGAUACUGUCCCUCAUUGAAGGUGCCUAAGGAGAAAUUGUUUUCAGACGUAAGGGCUCUGCAGCAAGAAUCAGAUAGUGGUCAUGUUUUCCUUUUAGCUUUGGCUGGCAGGAAGCUCAAUUCAACUUUAUAAAGAUAGGACCUGUCCUCUGUAUUUUUUGUUCUCAUUUCCCCCUGGUUUUCUUGUUUAUUUGUGUUGUAUUGAAAUUAAGGUGUGUUUUAGAUAUCAUUUACAUACAAUAAAAUGCAUAGACCUUA